GCUGCUGUUCUAAGCCAUGGUGAGAGAAUUGAAGACCUUGGGCUUUUGGCAGGCUGUCCUUGCUGAGUUCCUUGGGACAACAAUGCUUGUCUUUCUUGGCAUCUCUGCUGCAAUUGGUAAUGGGAACAGUAGCUACCCAGACCAGGAGGUGAAGGUGGCCUUGGCAUUCGGGCUGGCCUUUGCCACCCUGGUGCAGAGCCUGGGCCACAUCAGUGGGGCACACUUGAACCCAGCUGUGACCCUGGCUGUGCUGGUGAGUUGCCAGAUCAGUGUGUGCAGGGCACUGUGGUAUGUCUCUGCCCAGAUGCUGGGUGCUGUACUUGGUAGUGCUAUUGUGCUGGGAGUGAGACCUGAAGCUGUCGAGUCACUUGACUUGAACAAGCUGACCGGAGUCAGCCCAGGCCAAGCAUUUGGAAUGGAACUUCUCCUCACCCUCCAACUGGUGCUGUGCUUCCUGGCAACUACAGAUAAAAGGCGUAGUGACGUUGCUGGUUCAGCGCCAUUUGGUAUUGGCCUCUCUGUGACUCUGGCGCAUCUUGCAGGAAUUAGCUACACUGGCUGUGGAAUCAACCCUGCUCGAUCUUUUGGGCCAGCUCUGGUGUCCAUGGAUUUUGAGAAUCACUGGGUGUUCUGGGCAGGGCCUGUGACCGGUGGCAUCAUGGCCACCGUUCUCUAUGACUUCCUCCUGUCUCCCAGGGGGCUAGACUUGACUGGACGCCUGAAGACUCUGUGCCAUGGGGUGGAGGCAUUGGCUGUGGAGACAGAGCCCCUGGUUGAAGGUGGUGCUGCGGCUGGAGAGCAGUAGGAGAAGCCAGUGAUGCUGUUCAAGCAUUGUUUACUGAUGUGUUGCUGCAAUAAGAUCUUUGCUUCCUUGUCAGCCCUAUGGAAAUAAACUAAUGGCAGUUUUGAAA